GGGGCCGGGCUGGGGCUGGAACCGGGACCGGGGCUGGGGCUGAGAUCGGGGCUGCGCCGGGGCGGGAGCAGAGCCGGGGCUGGGACCGGAUCCGGGACCGGGAUCAGGAUCGGGACUGGCACUGGAACCAGGACCGGAUCCGAGACCGGAGCUGGAACCGGGACCUGGGCUGGGGUUGGGGCUGGGACCGGGACCGGGACCGCGGCCCCGCGGCACCGGUCGGGCAGCGCUGGCACCGGCAGCGCGGGGGAGCGGAGCGGCCGGUCCUGCCCUGCCAUCCCCUGCCUUCCUCUGCCCUGCCCACCCUCCUCCUCCGUGCCCUCCCCGCCGGCAGCGCCCUGAGCCCGGCGCGGCGAUGGGCUGAGAGUGCCGGGCACGGCGGGGGCCCGGCGGCGGCAGGAUGAGGGGGGGCUCGGAGGGCAGCGGGGAGGGCGAGGGGCUCUCGAGCCUGCGGGCCUUCGCCCACAGCUCCUCGCUGCACGGCAUCAGCCACGUCUUCGCCUACGGGGCCGUGUCCCUGCGCCGCGUGCUCUGGGGCGGCUUCUUCCUGGGCUCGCUGGGGCUGCUGCUGCUCGUGUGCGCCGAGCGCGUCGCCUACUUCCUCACCUACCCCCACGUCACCAAGCUGGACGAGGUGGCCGCCCGCAACCUCACCUUCCCGGCCAUCACCAUCUGCAACCUCAACGAGUUCCGCUUCUCCAAAAUCACCCGCAACGACAUGUACCACGUGGGCGAGCUGCUGGCGCUGCUCAACGAGCGCUACGAGAUCAGCAACCCGCAGCUGGCCGAGCCCCACGUCCUGGCUGCCCUGAGGGACAAGGCCAACUUCAAGAACUUCAAGGCGAAACCCUUCAGCAUGGCCGAGUUCUACAACCGCACGGGCCACGACCUGGCCGAGAUGCUGCUGCAGUGCACCUUCCGCGGCACCGGCUGCACCGCCCGCAACUUCACCGUGAUCUUCACUCGCCUGGGGAAGUGCUACACGUUCAACCCGGGGGGGCCGGGGCGCGAGGUCCUGACCACGCUGCAGGGGGGCUCCGGCAACGGCCUCGAGCUCAUGCUCAACGUGCAGCAGGAGGAAUAUCUGCCUGUCUGGGGGGACACAGACGAGACGUCGUUCGAGGUGGGGGUGAAGGUGCAGAUCCACAGCCAGGAGGAGCCGCCCUUCAUCGACCAGCUGGGCUUUGGCGUCGCCCCCGGCUUCCAGACCUUCGUCUCCUGCCAGCAGCAGCGGCUCGUGUACCUGCCCCCCCCGUGGGGGGACUGCAAGGCCACCCCCAUCGAGUCCGACUUCUUCACCAACUACAGCCUGACCGCGUGCCGCCUGGACUGCGAGACGCGCUACCUGGCCGAGAACUGCAACUGCCGCAUGGUGCACAUGCCGGGCAACGCCAACGUCUGCACCCCGGAGCAGUACAAGGAGUGUGCUGACCCCGCGCUGGACUUCCUGGUGACGAAGGACAGCGAGUACUGCGCGUGCCGCACGCCCUGCGCCAUGGUGCGCUACGGCAAAGAGCUCUCCAUGGUGAAGAUCCCCAGCAAGGCCUCGGCCAAGUACCUGGCCAAGAAAUUCAACAAGACAGAGCAGUACAUCGCGGACAACGUGCUGGUCCUGGACAUCUUCUUCGAGGCUCUGAACUACGAGAUGAUCGAGCAGAAGAAGGCGUACGAGGUGGCAGGGCUGCUGGGUGACAUCGGGGGGCAGAUGGGGCUCUUCAUCGGCGCCAGCCUCCUCACCAUCCUGGAGAUCUUCGAUUACCUGUACGAGGUGUUCCGGGACAAACUCCUCAGCCUGUACAAGGAGAAGAAGCGGAGCCCCCGGAGCGACAGCGGCACCCUGAGUGCCCGGACCCCCCUGCGUGGCCCCGCGCCCCGUCUCGGCGUCGCCCCGAACCUGCUACCUCGUCACCCGGCUCUAGGCCCCCCCCGGGACCCGCCGUGGAGCCCAGCCCGCCCCCCCGCCGGCCGGGGGGCUGGGGGGGCACCCCCGGGCCACGGGGCAGCCUCCUGGUCCCCCCCACCCCCUGAGGGGGUGUCGGGGGGCUGGGGGCAAGGGGCCCCCCCAGCCCCGCUCCCGUGACCCUGCAUGCGCUGCCUGUGCCCCCCCUGCGCUGGACAUGCAACCCCCCCCCUGCAGCCCCCCCAAAUAAAGAGGUGCCCCAG